AAAAGCGUUUUAAGUGGAUAACGUUGUUAGCGAUCAACUAAGGAUUAAAGGUAUAAAGUAUCUCUUCAUUGACAUUAACACUAUCAUCAUUGGUUUACAUAUCAUCAUCAAAAGAAAGAAGAGAUACGAAAAGUUGAAUUAUUCUCUGCACGAGGGAACGAUUGCCUGAUCCACAAAACGAUAGUUAAACAACUAGAUGUCUGAUCAUGAACUUAUUCAACUUUUGAUCUCCACGCUUUUUAAGUUUAUAAGUUCAGUAAUAUUUCGUGACAAUAAAAUAUAUCAUCAUGACAUCCUAGACUUAGUUUGACAAAAUAGCAAACAGAACUUCUAAAGAAUACGAGGGGAUAAAUUAUUCUGGUGAAAGAAGACGAAGGGAAGCAAGUUGUUAACAUAGAAAUAAGUUCAUGAAUGAAGAAAAGUAGAUUAUUCAAGAAGACAACAUUCAAUAGUGAACCUGUUGAGGGAUAAUGCAGUUAACUGUCCCAUUAAGCCACCAAUGAAAUUAACAAUGGAGAAGUCCGCCACUGGUCAGAGGCCUAAAAUACGGCGUAUGUCGUCAACAACUUCAGAAAGUGACAUAGACAAUGCUAAUGCCAAUGCGAAUAUUACCGUUAACGGAACGGCGCGUUGGUCAUCCGAUGAGCCUGAUACAGACAAUGAGAUUUCUACAUUGAAAGAUUUAGCCAUUACGACCAAUUUGCCGGAAUAUAAUCUUCGAAAAACAUCUAUACUUAAUCGCAUUGAGACGGAACAACGACGUAAAUUGCCAAAACCACCAAGGGAAAAACCCUCACCGCCGCCAUUAAGCAAAUACCGUCGACGAACCGCCAACCAACGCGAACGUACACGCAUGCAAGAAAUAAAUGACGCUUUUGAAGAUUUACGGAACGCGGUCCCACAUGAUACAGCACUUGCACAAAAUGGAAAAAUGACUAAAAUAACGACAUUGCGUUUGGCGUUGAAUUAUAUGCACGCUUUACGUGCACUCCUUGGAUACGAAGACGAGGAUGGUGCUGAUAUACCUGAGUCCCCACGUUCUAAUUGUUCGUCGAACUCAAACGCAAACACCUCCAUAGACAAUAUAAGCUCACGAGACACUCUUGAUAUCACUUGUGUUAGUCCGAGCUCCGAAACGUCAUCUUCAUCUGAUUCGAUAGCAUCACCGUCUUCGUCGACAUCAUCAGCAUCAGACACUGGUGAAUCAUCAACUUAAACAUCCGAGGUCCGGAACAAUAGUAUUUCUCUAAACAGGCUAUGAGUAAAAGUGUUGAGUACUCUUGAAGACGAACUCUCUUUGAAAGGCCAUCUUAAGUACUGUGUAUAUUAUGUGAAGAUUCAGAGAGGCAGCAAAUAAGUUUGUGUAUAAUUAUGGUCCAAUAUGGUAUUAAACUUGAGUAUCAAUCGACCAAAUUUUAACCACAUCAUGUAGAUUAGUCACAUGGGCUAAUCUACAUGACGUAGAUUAGUCACAUAUAGACUAAUCCACAAGACGUACAUCUUGCUUGCAUAUAAGUGCUUGUAGUGACGUAACGUAAGCCAUUGUGUGUAUUAACACAGCGUCUAUUGCAAUUGGCUGAAGGUCUGAAGAUAAUACUUUUUUGUAUUUACAUUUUAAGUGACUUAAAUGAAACCUGGAAUCUGUUUGUGGUGACGUAAUGUAUGUUAUUGUUG